AUGCAGCCAUUUUGGCCUUGGUCAACAGGCAUGCGUGUCGACAUUGAAGUCGACGGCGAGGAAGAAGAGUACUUUCUCAAGAUUAUUGAUCGAGCUGAUUGGGUCGAUAUGGCCAGGGCCGAGUAUGAGUCCCAGGAAGCCCUUUCAGCCAUCAUACCAGACAACGUUGUGGCUCCAACUGCCUGGGGUUACUACGAAAACGAUAAGACCAAAUCCUUCUAUCUGACCCGUUUUCGCAAUCUGCGGUCUCGACUGCCCCCGCUACCGCAAUUCUUAGCCAUCGUGAAGAAGCUUCAUCAAACAUCUGUUUCACCGACAGGCAAAUUCGGUUUCCACUGUAGAACUUAUUGGGGGCCGCCUGUGAUGAGAAAUGACUGGACGGACAAUUGGGAAGAGUUCUGGGGACGUCAAUUUCGCAGCGAUAUCGCUUAUGCUCAACAAGUAUACGGCAGAGAUGAAGAACUAGACGCGUUGACCGAGGAGUUUAUAGAAAAGGUGGUCGCUCGACUGCUACGUCCUUUACAAACAGUGGACCUUCAAGCAAUGGGCGAACCUCGUUACGCUCUCCAAAUGGACGCAGUCGACCUAUACAAGACUGAAGUUGGUGCAUCUGAGCCGAAAGAAGAUUUCUAUGAUCGACAUGACUUAUACGGAGUUCGGAACGAUGUUGUGGUAGCUGCAAUAUGCCCAGAAUGGCACAAGCUCCUUGACACCGAGAAGAAAGCCGAGGUGACCGAGAACAUUGCACCUGAAGUCCCCCACUCAGCACCGUAUUCUUUAUUCGACCCGACACAAAAAGGAUGGAUUCUGUUCAUCGCUGCUUGGGCUGGAUGGUUCUCAACAGCCAGUAGCUUCAUCUACUUCCCGGCAAUACCGUUUCUGGCUGGUGAUAUGAAUGUUUCUGUCCAGGACAUUAACUUGACCGUCACCUCAUACUUGAUUGCUUCCGGAAUUUUCCCUACUGUAACGGGCAGUGUUGCAGAUGUCUACGGACGCCGUUACACCCUCAUAGUCUCACUCAUUGUCUACACUUUGGUCAAUAUUAGUCUUGCAUCACAAAGAUCGUUUGCGGCUCUAUUUAUGUUGAGGAUGCUCCAGAGCGCAACAAUUUCUGGUAACAUCCAUCUGAAGCUUUUCACAAAGUCCAAAUACAAAUACUCACUUUUCACAGCGGGAUUUUCGAUUACAUAUGGUCUUCUUGGUGAUCUUACGACACCGGCGGAGAGAGGAGGCUACACAGGCGUGGUAUCCAUCUUGUAUGUUCAAGUCCGAUAUUGCACCAAUGAUAAGCGGACUGCUUCUGAUGAGAUGGCCCUGGCCAUCUAUCUUUUGGUUCUUGUCUGUAGCUUCUUUUGCUGCACUGGACAAAUCGUUAACCGAGACUACCGCAUCACGGCUAAAUCACAAGGGUUAACAAUAGAUCGAUCGAGGGAUGAUGAGCUUGAAGCCUUUCCUAUCGAGCGUGCCAGGCUCCGGACGCACAAGUACGCGGUAGCUAUAUGUGCGCCCUUGGUUAUCGCAUACGGAUGGGUUCUUCAGUUGGAAGUGACCAUGGCUGUGCCCCUCAUCCUACAAUUCUUUAUCGGCUUUACAAAUCAGGUUCUGUAUACCUCACUGAACACUUUGCUCGUCGACUACCAUCCGGGCCGCUCAGCAUCGGUCCAAGCUGCCAAUAAUCUCGUCAGGUGCGAGCUGGCUGCCCUAGGCCUGGCGGUUCUAGAUGUCAUGAUCAAGAGAAUGAGUCCUGGUUGGUGUUUCUCAGUGUUUGGCAUUCUCCAUGGCGUGACACUCCCGCUCUCGAACUGA